AUAGAUGAAAUUCGUCCAUGUCAGAUGAGAGUUUUCUGUCUAUUUUUAGUAAUGUUUACAAACAUUUGCUUGUUCUCGAGUGUUUACGUUAUGUUGUCAAAUAUCAUCUUUAAAGCUUGAACUGUUGUUUAGAAACAAAAAAGAAAUGGAAUAAAGUAAAUUUGUAUUGAUGUUAUCUUACUUUUGAGACUACUCAACAUGAUGCCACCUCCAAGCUCUCAAUUCCCACCCCAAGGUUCAGUCAUGUAUCAAAAUCCUAACAUGUUGACUCAGCAAAUGCAAGAUAUGAGAUUAGGUCCACCUCUGCCUCAAGGUGCUACUCCUCCAGUAGGUAAUCCAAAUAAACAGCAGAUGCCUCCAACUGGUUCUCAGCAGUUUCCAUCACCACAACACAGACCUAUAUCUACUCAAGUUACUUACAGCUCUCAGCCUAGAGCUACCUAUCCAUAUGUUAACAACAAUCCUCCUGGCAAUCCAAGCUCUAAUUUUCCACAACCAUUAGUGGAUAGCAAUCAGCACAAUGCAAAUAAUAUUCAAACUGAACAUGGUAGCAAACAUGUGACUAAUGGUAUUAGCAAUGGUCAUCAUACUGAUGCUAAGCAGAACAUGAAUUCAAUUAUGAAUCCUCAACAAAAUCAAGGAUAUUCACAAUCUGCUCCAAUGCAUCAGGGAAUGAGGCAAAUGGCUCCUUCUGAAGGCUAUGUGCAAUCUCCUCCUAUGAGCUUUCCUCCACAGAGCCAAUCACCUCCAUUUUCACAACAAACCCAGUCUUACCAAGCACAAGUCAAGUCUUCCAUGUCACAUCAAGGACAGGGGCCAUCCCCAUCUUCUCAUGUACCACCAUCAUAUCCUCCACAACCUAGCGUACAAAAUAAUCUACCACAGCCAUCUCCGAAUCAAAGAUUUCCUGUUUCUCCUCAAGGUGGACAGGGACAUGCUCAAAUGUACAGUCCGCCAAUAGGAAGUAUUCCUGCUCAAAACCAACAGCAAGCUUAUCAGUCUUAUUCUCCACAAUCUGUCCCAGCAGGAUUUCCUCCAAUGGGUUCACCUCUAAACACCACAGGAUCAUUUUCUCCUGGAUCACCCCAGUUUUCUGGACUAUCUCCAAACCAGAUGAAUUACCAAUCUCAACAGAUUCCUGGAGGACCUCAACCUACGAGCCCUUAUCCUUAUGCUUCCUCAAAUCAAGGAUUGCAACAACAGCCUAGGAAACUAGAUUUGGAUCAAAUGCCAAGUGUUGUGCAAGUUCGUGAAGAAGACAAAAAAAUUAAAAGUGGAUACUUUUGCACUGAUAUUAAAGGCCAAUCUCCUCCAUUAGUUACUACAAAUUUUACUGUUCAAGACAGAGGAAUGUGUAGCCCCCGUUUUAUUCGGUCUUCUGUUUAUUGCCUUCCUAAUCAUCCAGAUAUUCUUAAACAAACAGCUAUACCAUUUGCAAUUACAAUAUCACCAUUGGCUUCUGUGGAAGAAGAUGAGACUGAACCACCACUAGCUUUGUACAGAGAACAAGGUCCGGUCCGCUGCAAGAGAUGCAAAGCUUACAUCUGUCCAUUUAUGAAUUUUAUUGAAGGAGGACGUGCUUUUCAGUGUUCAUUUUGUAAAGUUGUUACUGAAGUUCCUCAGGAUUACUUUUCUUUCUUGGAUGGUAUGGGAGAAAGAACGGACAAAUAUCAUCGACCUGAACUUUGUUUAGGGUCUUAUGAAUAUAUUGCAACUAAAGAAUAUUGCAGGAAUGAUGAGCUUCCUAACCCACCUGCUUACAUAUUUAUGAUUGAAGUGUCAAAUGCUACAUUUCGAAAUGGCCUAGUGCCACUUCUUUGUGAAAAUCUAAAAAGCAUUUUACAGUGCUUGCAAAAUGAUGAAAAAAAUGAUGCUUCCAAAUUGAGAGUUGGAUUUGUAACUUAUAAUAAUGUACUUCAUUUUUAUAACCUGAAGAAAAAUUUAACACAACCUCAUAUUAUGGUGCUAUCAGAUGUCCACAAUGCAUUUGUUCCUCUUUUGGAUGGAUUUCUUGUCACACUAUCAGAAGCUGAAGCUUUAGUAGAAUGUUUAAUGGAACAUAUACCUCGUCUUUUUGUGAACGAGCCUGCUACUGAAAUAAUAUUGGGACCAGUCAUUCAAGUUGGACUAGAAGCUUUGAAAAAUGCCAAUUGUUCUGGAAAAUUGUUAGUGUUCCACUCUACAAUUCCAAAUGCAGACGCUCCUGGAAAAUUGCCUCAUCGAGAAGGUCAGAAAUUAUUAGGAACUGAUAAGCAAAAGAGUGUAUUGACACCUCAAAAUGAUUUCUACAGUAAAUUGGCUCAAGACUGCAUUGCUGGUGGUUGUGCUGUUGAUUUGUUUUUAUUUCCUAAUGCUUAUGUUGAUAUUGCAAGUCUGACACCAUUAUGCAGGCAUACUGGUGGACAAAUGUACAAAUAUACUUAUUUUCAGUCCCAUAUUGAUGGAGAUAGAUUUCUUGAAGAUCUUGAAAGAAAUAUUACCACAACUACUGCAUUUGAUGCAGUUUUAAGAGUUAGAACAAGUGCAGGUAUAAGUCCAAUAUUCUAUUAUGGGAAUUUUUACAUGUCCAAUGCCACAGAUGUUGAAUUAAGUGCCAUUGACUGCCAUAAAUCUAUCACCGUUGAAAUGGCUUAUGAUGAGAAAUUGCCUGAAAAUGAAACUGUUUACAUACAAGCUGCUUUACUGUACACUACAUGCAACGGAGAAAGACGAAUUCGUGUUCAUAACCUUGCACUGUCUACAUCAGUUGGAAUGCCGGAUGUUUUUAAGUGUUGUGAAUUGGACACUAUAGUUAACUUUUUUGCCAAACAAGCUCUCAAGCAAGUUUUGGAGCUUUCUCCUCAGCAAAUCAAAAACAAUUUGGUUAAUAGAAGUGUGAAAAUUUUAUCUUGCUAUCGAAAACAUUGUGCAUCCAGUUCAUCUUCUGGACAAUUAAUCCUGCCAGAUCCAUUAAAAUUACUUCCAGUCUACAUAAAUUGUCUUUUGAGAAGUGAUGCUAUAUCUGGAGGUUCAGACAUGUCUUUGGAUGAUCGUAGUUUUGCCAUGCUUGCUGUGAACAGUAUGGGUGUUAAAAGUACAGCUAUAUAUUUCUAUCCAACUCUUAUUCCUUUACAUGAAAUUGACCCAAAUUCUGAUGAGCUUCCUGUUCCAGUCCGUUGUUCUAUUGAAAAACUUAAUGAUACUGGAGCUUAUUUAUUAGAGAAUGGCAUUUACAUGUUCUUAUGGAUUGGUCAAGCUAUUAACCCUGAAUGGCUGCAAAAUGUGUUUGGCGUACAGAGUACAAAUCAUUUGGACAAACAAAAGACAUCAUUGCCUGAACUAAAUACCCCAUUGUCUCAGAAAAUUCGCCGAGUAGUAGAAAAUAUUGAAGAAGGACGACAAUGGUAUAUGAGGCUUACAGUGAUGGUUCAAGGAGACAAGUUGGAAGUUGUGUUUCGACAAUUCCUUGUUGAAGAUAGAGGUUCUGAUGGAAACCCAUCCUAUGUUGACUUUUUAUGUCAUUUGCACAGAGAAAUAUCAAAAAAUCUCUAGGUAGCCAAGGUUUUAAUUUAAAAAAAAAUAUUUGAUUAUCAAGCUAUUUUAAAAUGUGAGGACUGAGCUAGGAAUCUUAUUUGAAUAUGCUUUCAAAUAAAAUUUUAGCCUAUUGUUAAAAUUUUAUAGUUUAAAUCUUGUUAAUUCAAAUUUUUGAUACUUUAAGAUUUAUUAUGAUUCUUUACAUUUCCAUACUUCAAAGAUAGGUAAUGUUUUAAUGAGUCAUAGGGCUAAGGAAAUUGUUAAAUUGUUGUUUUUUGUACUCUGCUAUUUUAAAAUCUAUUUUAGUAAUUGCAAUUUUGAAAAUUCAUCAAAUUAAAAGAAAUUGUACUUUGUAGAAAACUGUCCACAUGGAAUAAACAUGGUACUUUUUAAAUAUAAUCAUCAUUUGUGUUUUCUCGUUUAAAAUAAACUGCACAAGAUGAAGAAACAAGCCUAAAAUUAUUGUUUAGGCUCAGUUGUUUUGUGAAUUUAAUGCUUUUCUUUUAAUUUCCCUUGGUAUUGACAAAAUGAGAGCUUUGUGACUAAAAAAUAUUGAGAAAAAGUAAUGUUUUUUUUUUUUUGAGUGGAAACUUUAAAUAGUUUUUUGAUAUUGUUUCAAAUAAUUGAAGUACAAUAAAAUAAUAAGUAAAAGAGGUGUAAAGAAAUUUGUCCACAUUUUUAAGUAAACAACUUAUAACAACUUUAUGAUGCUAAAAUUUUGUUAAAAUCAAAGUUUUGUAUUUUGAUAGAUGCUGUGUGAUUUAAUUGCUAAUGUAAUUAAAAAAUAUGUUUUGUGCAAUGGAGUUCAUUUUUCUUUGAAAAAUGAACUCAAUAAACUAAGUGGUCACACUGUUUAUAAGAAAGUAUUGUACAAAAACUAAUAAGAUUUGGCAUGUGCUUAUAAUACAUUGAUGUAUUUUAUCGCAUGUUAAAAAUUAUUAACGAAACUACUUUAAUCAGUAAAUUUCAAUCAGCACCCUAAACAGCUGGAAGAGUCAAAGUGGCAUUCCAACACUUACCACUUAUCAUUCAAAAUUUGAGCCAUCAGGACCAGUUGCAACAACAUUACUCCUAGACUUUUUUCUUUUGGGAGUGCAAAAGUGCUCGCAACAUGAAUUGAAGAAACUGAAGCAUGCUUAAAGUCAAGAUCACAGAUGUUGCAUCUGGAGCGACUGUCCAAAUGUUGGCAAGAAUUGGAGUGACACCUUGUCAUUAUUGGAGUAUCCUAAUUAUUUUUUGUAGAGUAAAUUUUUUUUAAUUCUGUGAGAGAGACCACCCCAUUCAUAAAAGUAUUCGUGAUUUUUUUUUACAUUGUAAUUUUUUUUUUCCAAUAUGAUAUGAGUUUCUUAUCGCUUUUCAUUUGUUAUUCAUUGAUUGAAUAAAAUAAGCCAAUUUGUGUGUGUGAAAUGACAAAUGUAAGAAAUUUUGCCCUAGUUAACAUUUUUUGUUUGAUGAACUUUUGAUGGAUUAAAAUGUUUCUUCAUUUAUUCAAAGCUUCAGAAAAAUUCUAAAAUUAUUCUGGUUAAAGAUCUUUGGCAAAAAAUAAAUUCUUAAAAGUAAAAUCCGCAGAAUGUGUGUUGUGAAAUGUUACAUAACUCUAUUAAUAAGAAAUCAAAUCAAAUGGUUGUCAUUCUGAGAAGAGAUGUGAAGUGGUUUGUUUAUUUAAGAUACUGAGGCCAUUUUUGUAUCAAGUUUCUUUUUAUGUUAGUAAUUGUAAAAAAAAAUCAUAAAAACACAAACCUUAAAUUAAGAAUCAAAAUCUUAUUUUAAAUUUUAAAUGCAUAAAUUUAAAGAAUUUUUAUAUUUUAAAUUUUCAUUCCUUUUUGAGUUUUGCUUUUGAAAUACAUGUGUUUUAUUUUAAAAUGUCUUAUGUGUCUUUAUAAAUUUUCUUGUGUAUUAUUUCGUGCAAAAUAAUAAAAAUUGAUUUUUUUUUAAUAGGUAACAUUAAAAUUAGCAAUAAAUUUUUAUUAGUAUCUCUAUUUUAUUAGGUUGUCAUGUAUUCAGAUCAAAUUACCUUCAUAUAAUUUACAUUUUAAUCAUAAGGUAAAGUGCCCCCCCCCCCCUCCCUUUACAAAAAAAAAAAGUUCCUAUAGCUGACAUCUUUAAACGAAAAAUAUUCAAAGCAUUACCUAUUUUCUGAAAUAAUUUAGCAUGAGUUUUUCGUUCUUCUUAAAAAAGAAAAACUCAUAGUAAAUCUUUAAAUAUUUGUUUUCUAAAAAGAUGUUUUCAGGGGUACUCCGAACUAACAUUUUUAGAUGGGAGUAAUUUUUGAUUUACCAAAUAAAACUCCAAGAUUCACCGAAUGAUAAAAUAUGAGUGUAACAUAAUAAUCAUUAUAAUUUUUUAAUUUCAGUUUUGUAAUGCUAUCUCCAAGUGCGCCAAAUCCUCAGACAAUGUUUUGGGAAGUUGCAGUAAUCUCUCAUCGGGGCGCACUUGGUUGUCAGCUUUGGGAAGUUUUCUGGGUCUCUGCUUUAAGGCACUUCAUCUUAUGUUAUUAAACGAGUUUUGAUUCAUAGUUCAAAAUUUUAAUACUUCCAACAAAAAAUAUUUAAUGGUAAAAAUAUAUAUAUGUAAACUUGUUUUAUAUCAAAUUAUCAAUAGUUUGAUGUAUAAAAUAGCAUUUAUAUCUUUUUUAUUUUGUUGUGUGUAUUGUGACAUAUCUGUACUUUUGAGUUAUAAUUUUGAAAAGAGUGUGCAGAUUAAUGUACUUUUUGAGUUAUAUAUAAUAUAUGGAAAGAUUAAAAGUAUUUUAUUAAAAA